GUGAUUGGUAUUGAUUUGGGUACCACUUACUCUUGUGUGGGUGUUCAGAAGAAUGGACGUGUCGAAAUUAUCGCCAAUGACCAAGGUCAUCGUAUUACUCCUUCCUACGUCGCUUUCACUGAUGAUGAACGUCUCAUUGGUGACGCCGCGAAGAAUCAAUACGCCGCUAACCCUGAACGCACUGUUUUUGACGCCAAGCGUCUCAUUGGUCGUCGUUUUACCGAUAAGGAAGUGAAGCAAGAUAUGAAGCACUUCCCCUUCAAGAUCGUGAACAAGGGCGGUGCCCCCAACAUCAAGGUCGCUGUCAAGAACGAGGACAAGGUCUUCACUCCUGAAGAAAUCUCUGGUAUGGUUCUUACCAAGAUGAAGGAAACCGCCGAAGCCUACCUUGGCAAGCCUGUGACUCACGCCGUCGUGACUGUCCCUGCUUACUUCAACGAUGCUCAGCGUCAAGCUACCAAGGAUGCCGGUACAAUUGCUGGUCUGAACAUUCUCCGUAUCAUCAACGAACCUACUGCCGCAGCUAUUGCUUACGGCUUGGACAAGACCGGCGGUGAAAAGAAUGUUCUUGUGUACGAUUUGGGUGGUGGUACUUUUGAUGUGUCUCUGUUGUCCAUUGAAGAUGGCAUUUUCGAAGUGUUGGCCACAGCCGGUGACACUCACUUGGGUGGUGAAGAUUUCGAUAGCCGUGUCAUGGAUCAUUUCAUCAAGUUGUGGAAGAAGAAGAACAACGGCGAAGAUAUUACCAAGGACCUCAAAACCAUGGGUAAACUCAAGCGCGAAGUCGAAAAGGCCAAGCGUGCUCUGUCCUCGCAAAUGUCCGUCCGCAUCGAAAUCGAAUCCUUCUUCAAGGGCAAGGACUUCUCCGAAACUUUGACCCGUGCCAAGUUUGAGGAAUUGAACAACGAUUUGUUCCGCAAGACUCUCAAGCCCGUUGAACAGGUCCUCAAGGAUGCCGGUUUCACCAAGGAUCAGGUCGAUGAUAUCGUUCUUGUUGGUGGUUCUACUCGUAUUCCCAAGGUUCAGAAGCUUUUGGAAGAUUUCUUCAACGGUAAGAAGCCUUCCAAGGGUAUCAACCCCGAUGAGGCCGUGGCCUAUGGUGCUGCUGUUCAAGGUGGUAUUCUCGCUGGUGAAGAAGGUUCCGACAAGGUUUUGUUGUUGGAUGUCAACCCCUUGACCCUCGGUAUUGAAACCACCGGUGGUGUAAUGACCAAGUUGAUCCCCCGUAACACCGUGAUCCCCACCAAGAAGUCCCAGAUCUUCUCUACCGCCGCCGAUAACCAGCCUACCGUCUUGAUCCAGGUCUACGAAGGUGAACGUGCCAUGACCAAGGAUAACAACAAGCUCGGCAAGUUUGAAUUGACCGGUAUUGCGCCUGCUCCUCGUGGUGUGCCCCAGAUCGAAGUCACUUUUGAAAUUGACGCCAACGGUAUCUUGAAGGUCAGCGCCGCCGAUAAGGCUUCUGGCAAGUCCGAGACCAUCACCAUCACCAACGACAAGGGCCGUCUUUCCCAAGAGGACAUUGACCGUAUGGUGCGUGAAGCUGAAGAGUUUGCCGAGGAAGACAAGGCCGUGCGUGAUCGUACCGAGUCCAAGAACCAGUUGGAGAACUAUAUUUAUACCUUGAAGAGCCAGUUGUCCGAUGAUGGUGCUUUAGGUACCAAAGUUUCCGAAGAUGACCGUGAAGUCAUUGAAGAUGCUAUCCGUGAGAAGCUCGACUGGCUUGACGAGAACCCUACCGCUGAGAAGGAGGACUAUGAUGAGAAGCGCGAAGAAUUGGAAUCCGUGGUCAACCCCAUCACUUCCAAGCUUUACGCUGACGGAGGCUCAGCUCCCGAAGAUGAUGAGCCUUUGAGAGAUCAUGACGAAUUGUAA